GCGGCCGGGCGGACGCCUCUCUGAGCAGCCACUCCAGUCCACGGGGGAACCCUCUCCGCUCCCGGAGCCGCGACGUCAUGAGCCACGGGAAGAGGACCGACAUGUUCCCGGAGAUCGCCGCCGCCGUGGGCUUCCUCUCCAGCCUCCUGCGCACCCGGGGCUGCGUGAGCGAGCAGAGACUCGCGGUGUUCAGCGCCGCGCUCCAGGAGGCGCUAACCGAGCACUACAAACACCACUGGUUUCCAGAAAAGCCAGCCAAGGGCUCAGGCUACCGCUGUAUCCGCAUCAACCACAAGAUGGACCCCAUCAUCAGCAAGGUGGCCAGCCAGAUCGGACUCAGCCAGCCCCAGCUGCACCAGCUGCUGCCCAGCGAGCUGACCCUGUGGGUGGACCCCUACGAGGUCUCUUACCGAAUCGGGGAGGACGGCUCCAUCUGUGUCCUCUACGAGGAGGCCCCGGUGGCCGCCUCCUACGGGCUCCUCACCUGCAAGAACCAAAUGAUGCUGGGCCGGAGAAGCCCCGCGAAGAACUACGUGAUGGCGGUCUCCAGCUAAUGCCGCCCAGUCCCACCCUGGCACUGCUGUACUCAUGCUGCCCCACAGGCCACCAUACCUCAACCUGGGGAACUGGAUUUUUAAAUGAAGAGCUAUUUAUAUAUAUAUAUAUUAUUUUUUUUAA